AUGAACGAUGAGAAGAGUUCACGUCAAAGUUUGAAGCCGAUUGCUUUCAUAUCUGUCGUUUUCAGUACAUUUGCUAUCUGCUCAGUUUUAGUUGCAUUUCCACUGAUAAUUAAUUAUGUGCAAACUUUGGAAUCAUUUGUGCAAAUGGAUCUUGACUUUUGCCGGCCAUUUAUCAAACAAAAAUGUGCCUUUGAAAUCAAAUUGAAAACAUCUCCAAAUAUUCUGAAAAAACUACCACGAAAAUUCUUCUAUUUAUAG